UGUGCGUCCAUUAGGCUCGUUACUCCGCCGCGGACGGUCACCUCUGCGCGUCUGCCGCUCUGCACCUUGUGAAUAACUCGAAUAGCUGAGGUGUGAACUGUGAACCGUGUUAUCGAUGCAGUGUUGUGGAAAUUUGUGCAUUGUUUGAAUCGCUAUCGGAAUUACGAACAUGUGAUUCGAAUUAAUGCGAUAAUCGGAUUGGUGAUCUAAUAGUGAUGCGAUUGUUUAUUGAGAUUUAGAACUGAGCAAAUUUAAAUUGAUUAACUCGUUCAUUGGCGAAUAUAAUUUAUGCGUCAAGGUUUUUAAAUCUGUUUCAUUCAUUGAUAUUUAUCAAUAUCUUGACAAUAUCUACGUUUAUUUUAUCGGAAGAUUUUACGAUCAGUGUUGUGUUCAAUUUAUUGUUGAGAGUGAUUUGCGUUGGCCGGUGGUACGAAUAACUACGAUACGAUUCGGUAUGUCGGUGUUCGUAUAAUAAAUUAUCAAACUGAAGGACAUGGCAACAGUCAUCGUAAGCGGGAAGGACUCGUGUCGGCUGGUGGGUGGCUCGAAGUUCUACGAGAUGAUGGAAGAGCCCUCGUCCGUGGGCACGUCGACGCCUUCUCCCACAGAGAAACACGACCACAUGAAGCCCAUAGAUAGCGACGAUGAAGGUAAAAAUUUGUCGGACGUGGAUCAAGAAUGCACAGUGUUCAGCGGCGUCAGCUACCUCGGCGCUCAAAACAUAUCGGAUCCAAAAUCGGAGAGCGAUAUACAACGCAUCAUGAAGGAGCUCAGUUCUAUGCCAGAGAGUAGGGAUGGGAUCGCAGUGUCGAUAUCGAUACCCGUCUGCUCUCAGGGCCUUGUUGUGCUGUACCAAGCGGACUCGAACAGCGUGAUGACGCGGUACGCGGUGAACCGCAUCUCGUUCUACGCGCGCGGCGCGGCGGGCUCGCCGGUGGCGUCGUGCUUCGCGUUCACGUGGUCGCACGGAGAGACCAAGGAGUCCGCCGUCUACAGGUGUCACGUGUUCCGCUGUCACAUCGCCGAAGCUGUCACGCAGGUCUCAAGCUGCUUCGCGAAGGCGUUCGAGCGCGUGCCGCGUUCGAUGGCGUCGUCGCUUGUGGGCGAGCUGUCGGCGGCGCCGUCCAUGACGGGCUCGCUGCUGGAGGGCGCCGGGCCCGCCGCGCCGCCCAUGCAGCUCAUGCACGUGCUCGAGUGCACCGUCGACAUCAAGGAGACCGAUGCCAAGGGUACGUUCAGCCACGUUCCGAAGGAGCGUCUCGGGUUCAAGCUGCGCGGCGGUAUUGACAAGCAAGUCACGAUCAACGUACAGCAAGUCACCAACAACGUGCAGGCAGAACUCGACGACGCACAGAACGGUUACACUGGUGGACUUUACAUCGAACGUUGUUUCGGCAUUCUGCUCGCUCCCGGGAGGAGCGUCAAACAUUCCGACAUGAGACUGCUUGAAAUGGUGAGCGGCUCGUCGGGCGGCUCGUGCUGCUCGGUGUGCGCGCUGUGGAACGCGGGGGAGUCCGCGCUCGCCGCCUUCAACGUGGCCUCCGGCGACGGCGCGCCCAACUACAUGUCGCUCGCGCUCGACCUCGUCAUACGCGGCAUUCCCGACCCGCUCAGGUUGGUGGUUGAGACACCAGUGAAAGUGUACCCGCCCACAGAACGCUUCUGGUAUUAUUCCAAACGGCCACUCGUUCAGCAAUUCUAUAUCAACCUCAAAGAGUUAGUGGACCCGUCCGGGCAGCUGCAGUACGAGGUGGCGAGCGUGGAGACGGAGGGCGAGCUGGACAAGUCGCGGCUGAACCUGCCGCUGUCGCUGUCGAGCCUGCUGCCGUCGCCGCUGUCCGCCGCGCCCGCGCCGCCCUCGCCCUCCGAGCCGGACUCGGAUGGCGACGAACCACUUUUGAGUGGUACUGGAGAGGUGUCGAAGGACUGUGGAGAAGAUGUGCUCGUGAAUUGGGCACAAGUUCUGAGGAGUUGGACGGGACCCAGACCUCGUGCAUUGAACCACUUGGUGCGCGUGGGUGUGCCAGAAGCGCUUCGUGGGGAAGUGUGGCUCAGGCUGGCCGGCGUUGACCAAAACGAUAAACUAAUGGAGACAUACAGAACUCUUAUAAGCAAGGACUGUCCGUUCGAGUCGGUGAUACAGCGCGACAUAGCGCGCACGUUCCCGGCACACGACUUCUUCCGCGAGGCGGGCGGGCUCGGCCAGGACUCGCUGCUGCGCAUGGCUCGCGCGUACGCCGUGUACGACCACGAGGUCGGAUAUUGUCAGGGGCUCAGCUUCCUCGCCGCCACGCUACUCUUGCACAUGCCAGAAGAACAAGCUUUCUGUCUGCUCGUACGCCUUAUGUAUGGUUAUGGAUUACGAGAGUUGUACAAAGACGGAUUUGAAGCAUUGUACAUGAGGUUGCAUCAACUUGAUAGGUUGAUGGAGGAGCAGCUAACGGACCUGCGCGCGCAUUUCCAGGAGCUCGGCGUAGAGCCGCACAUGUUCGCCUCGCAGUGGUUCCUCACUGUGUUCACCGCGAGAUUCCCGCUGCCACUGGUGUACCACAUACUAGACGUGUUCCUACUUCAAGGCAUCGACACGCUGUUCCAAGUGGCACUAGCGCUACUCUCGCGGUCCCGGAAAGAUCUGCUCACACACGACUUCGAAGGAGUACUCAAAUAUUUUAGGGUUACUCUGCCCAAGAAGUGUCGUGCCGAGGAAACGUCCCGUCAAAUAGUGAAACUAGCGUGCAGCAUCAAAGUGAAACGACUUAACAAAUAUCAACAGGAGUACGAGAAAUUUAUCAAAGAAUCAGCCGAGAAAGAGAAAAUAAAUGUAGAGUUGGAAAGAUUAAAAGUUAUAAACACGCAGCUUCAACAGGACAAAGAGACGCUCGAAUCACAACUCAACGAGGCGCGCGCGCAGGCCGCGGAGGCGCACAAGGACGCCGCGCACCACGCCGCCGUCGCGCGCGACUACCGCGACAUCUGCGCACGCCUCGACCGCCAGCUGCACCACAUGCAGGAUUACGUCAAAGACUGCGUGAACUGCAGUGUCAAACUAGCACAGAAAGACAAUAAAGAGGAAGCGGAACAAAAGGGCGCGGAGAAAAUCGAAGGGUCAAGCGAUACUGAAGCGAGGCUGAGGCAGCGAGUGCGGGAUCUCGAGCUGGAACUGGCUCAAGUGAAACUGGCUCACGUUCAAGCGCAGUGCAGUAACCAGGAGCUCAGUCAUCAGCUCAGUGCUGCUCUUAACGAAGUGCAAUCCGCUAUGAACAAUCAGAAGCAGUCAGUUGCGCCAUGGCUAGUUCGGACACUAGGCUCGAUUAUGGAGGCAGCACAGAACCGGCCAUCAUUCCAAACGUACCUUCCAAAUCUAAACCAAGACCCGCCGUCGACGCCCAUUCACCGGCACGGGUCAUUCUCGAGCGGCCAAGGACACAGCCAACCGAACCUCGACAGGCGAGUCUCUGAACCUUAUAGUCCCGACGUCGUGCGGCGGAAGAAAGACCUCAACGCCAAGAGGCAUUCGAUGCUCGUCGAGUCCAACCUGUCCAAGGAGGCCAAGGAGCUCAACCGACGGAGCCACGACGUCACUAUAGUCAAAAAUCUCUCGAUGGGUUGACGGCGCGGGACGCCGCUCCAAUCUUGGUUACUCUGACGUAUGUUGGCUGUAUCAACGCGCGAGUUUCGAUUUUGAUUUUGUCGACAUUUGUAGUUUACGGUUGAUUAUGAAUAGUAUUACGCUUGAUUCACACAUCGGAUCCAAUACACACAUAUUUUUAUCGAUUUUUUUAAUCGAUGUGUGGACGAGGCUUCCGACGGCCAACACUAUGCCAUAGUCGAUAAAUUUUAUAUAUAAAUAUCGUUGAAAAUCUAGAGCUAAAGUAUUCUAAUACUGCCGAAAAUCAUGUCAAGUAAUAUAAGUAUGUUAUGAAUACCUUUACAUAGAAUAAAUAACGCGUGCCGCUUGUGGUGUAGUGUAUGGAAACUAAGUGCACAUAACCGUAACACUAGUCAUAAUGUAAAUUAUAGCACAUUUAUCAUUCAAAUAGUUUGUAUAUCAAAAGUUAUAUUUACCGAAGUGUAUUUGCUGGCACCAUGUGUUAGUUCGUGUUGCAUUUCGUUUCAUGUAAAAUCUAGUUUAUUUCUCGGUGAAACACUACUAAGCUAUUUUUGCGAGCAUUUUGUUACCUAUAACACCAGUAUGUAGUGAAAUGGAAAUAUUUUAAUAGAAUCUUAAUUUGUUUGAUAGAAAUUAUCGUGGCUAUUCGACAAAGCAAUAUUAGCGUUGAGGACUGCGUUUAUUGAAAGCAUUGGUUUUUGAACGAGGCUCAAUAAUUUAAUCGAAUCUCAAUGAGCUUAGCUUGGAGGUUAAUCACAUUAUUCUGCUAGUUUAUGUGCUGCCAACCAUUCCAAUUAUGAAUGAGAAAUAAAUAAAAAUUAAGUAAAACUUUUACCGAUAUCGAUAUGUUGUAAGUGCGGAAAAAAACUAUUAGAGUACAUAUUUAUUGGAUACUAUGUCUUAAAGUUUUAAAUUAUUUAUAUAUUAAAAUUUGGCGAAGAAUCUUAAUGAUAUUAUUUAUUGUAAAAAAGGUAUUUACGUGUAUGAGAAAUUGUAGAUGUAUUUGAUCCGAAAUUUAAUUAUUUUAAUAUUUUUUCAUUGAAGACUAAUAACAGCGGAUCAAGCUCGUUCAGUUUUAAUUUUGAAUUAUUUAAUGGAGCGCUGUUAAGAUUAACAGAAUAAUAAUAAUUGCGUAUUUAACUCUAAAUUAUACACAUAGGAUCUAAUUUCAUUUGCAUUUUUUCAGAGUAAAAAGUGUGCGAAGUGAGAAUUUAUUCAGUAUUGUGAUUUUUUUGGUUUUCUGUCAUAUAUCAAUAAAACAUUAUGUGUGUUUGUGUGUGAAUGUUGUACUUAGAUGCACAACGACAGCCGUUAUCAAUAAACGAUCCCAAUCUCAAUCUUCAAUCCGAUUUCGAGAAUGAACCAAUCAAAAUAACACCUUUGUUAAAUGUCAACAAAAACUUUGUUUAUGAUUGGUCCAUUUUUGACAGAGAUCGAAAAAAGAGAUUGAUAUCCUUUAUUGAAAAUGGCGGUUACCGUGUUACUGGCUUUGCACAU